UUCAAGGAAUCGUUGCAUUCAAUGCCUCUGCCGGUCGAUUUCAAUCCAAGCCAAGCCAACGAAGUCAUUCUAUUUGUCCCAUCUUUCAACUUGAAUGUCUCUCCCUACCCACCCUUCCUUGAACUUUAUGUUGUCCUAUAUCACAUCCAUAUCCAUGCUACACUGCCAGUGUAGCUAGCCAAGCCCUUCAAGCACUCCAAUAUAAAUUCACCUAUACACAUUUCCUCUAUGUGCUUAUUCAUUUUCAUUCGGGUCUCUUAAUUAGUAACAGAAAAUUUUAGAGAUAAAUGGGUGAUUGGGCUGGUGUGGUGAUAGGUUUGGUCCUGUUUGUGGUGUUUUCACCCGGAUUACUGUUCCAGCUUCCUGGCAAAGGAAGGCCUGUGGAUUUUUGCAAUUUCCAAACAAGUGGCGUCUCCGUCUUUGUUCAUUCCCUUCUCUUCUUUGGCUUCAUGGCUAUCUUCCUCAUUGCCAUUGAUGUUCACAUUGGUAGUGGAUAAAUAAAUCAUCCACGGUAUACACUUUUUUUUUUUAAUUAGCAAAUGUUAAUUUUUUAGUUUUAUUAGAAAUGUCAAUGGGAAGAAUUUGAACUCCCCAUCUCUCCUCCUCCCUUCUCUCUUCACCCCUAGCUCCUCAACUAUUGAAUCAAACUUAGAUCUCUGAAUACACCCACCUACAUAUCAUUACUAUUACCUUGGACUAUAUUUAGUUUAAUGAAAUGAAAUAGAAUAUGAUGAAAGAUGUUUUAUUCCAUUACUUUUUGAUUCCCUUCAGUAUUGGGGAAUUUGGGGUGGGGGUGUAUGGGACAGAACUUCUAAUUUAAUUUUCUUCCUUGAUAAAAAUGUCGAAGCAGUGAAAAGAUGAUUUUAUUUCACCUGGUUCAAUUAUAUGUUGUUAUUUCAUUUCAUUUCAUUCUAUUUAUCUUUAGAAAUCUAAACAUGGUCUUGUUUUCAUAUAUGUCCCGUUAUAUUAUUCAUUUGUCAUAGCCCCAUCAGUUAAGCAUCAACAGAAUGAUCUCCAUCACGUUAUAUUAUUCUAUUUAUCUUUAGAUGUAUGGUUUUGAAUUUCUUAAGGUUGCAACCCCUACUAUCCUGCUUCUUAGUGAGUUGCAACCAGUGUAUUAAUAGUAAGUUUAGAGUAGAACACUCGUUUUUCUUUUGGUGAGUUUGUUGUUUUGUUUUUAAUCUUCUUGUGUAAAGCAAUUUAACAUUGAUUUGAAGCCGCUGUUGCAUAAAUCAUUA